CAGAUAGAAAAAUGGCGGAGAUGAAGUGUGUCGGAGUAGUUGGUGCUGGACAGAUGGGUUCAGGAAUCGCACAACUCGCCGCCACGAGUGGCCUCGAUGUUUGGCUCAUGGACGCUGAUCGAGAUGCGCUCUCUCGAGCCACCGCAGCUAUCUCCUCCUCCGUCAAACGUUUCGUCUCCAAAGGUCUAAUCUCCAAGGAAAUUGGUGAUGAUGCUAUGCAUCGUCUACGUGUAACAUCGAAUCUUGAAGAUUUGUCUUCUGCUGAUAUCAUUGUUGAAGCCAUUGUGGAAUCAGAAGACAUUAAGAAGAAACUGUUCAAGGAUUUAGAUGGUAUAGCCAAGAGUUGUGCGAUUUUAGCUUCUAACACAAGUUCUAUCUCCAUUACUCGUCUUGCAUCUGCAACGAAAAGACCAAGCCAGGUCAUUGGAAUGCACUUUAUGAACCCUCCUCCAAUAAUGAAACUGGUUGAGAUCAUUCGUGGUGCAGAUACCUCAGAAGAGACGUUUAUUGCUACAAAAGCUCUGGCUGAAAGGUUUGGCAAGACAACAGUCUGUUCACAAGACUAUGCGGGCUUCAUUGUGAACAGGAUCCUCAUGCCUAUGAUCAAUGAAGCGUUCCACACACUUUACACAGGGGUAGCUACAAAGGAAGACAUAGACAGCGGAAUGAAACACGGCACAAACCACCCGAUGGGUCCUCUGGAGUUGGCGGACUUAAUCGGUCUAGACGUGUGCUUGUCCGUAAUGAAAGUGCUGCACGAGGGACUUGGGGACUCAAAGUACGCACCUUGCCCUCUUCUUGUUCAAUACGUUGAUGCGGGAAGAUUAGGAAGAAAACGAGGAGUAGGAGUUUAUGAUUACCGUAAAGCUACACAGAAGCCAUCUCCUCGGCUCUGAGAAGCGAAUACCAAAGGCAGUAAAAAACAAGAAGACACCUGUAGCUCUUAAGACAAGAACAGUGAAUGCUUUGUGGAUCGUUUCUGGAUUCUUUCUCUGUUCCUUUGUUUCUUGGUAGAUAUGAAGUUACCGGUAAGCGACCUUGUUUUGUAAUCUUGAUAUGUACUAAAAUAAAGUUUAGCUUCAACAAAUCAAUAAGGUGUUGUUACCUAAUCAAUU